AUGCCAUCCGAUGCAGUGCUGCUCGUCGUGUCGCUCGGAGGCCUCGCCACGAUUGUCCUGGCCGUUCUUUACAUUGCCGGCUUCUUCAGAUCCACCAAGGCAAAAGAACCGCCUAAAGACCAAGUCGAAGUACUUCGAGGCGGUGAAAGACGGGGUCUAGCAGCGCUACGUAAGCGCAAGGACCGCAAGAAACGCCAAACAGAGCAAGAUGAAGCUGAGGGGCGUGAAGAGGCCGUUGCAGCGGCUUUAAACGAAGCGUUGGAGGCUGCACAAGACGAUGACGGAGCAGCUCUGGAGCCGCGAACAAUGACCAAGAAAGAGCUACAGAAGGAACUGAAGCGUCGAGAGCGCGAAGAGCUCCGUCAGUUUGACCAGCAACAACGUGAAGAGCGACAGCGACUUGCUGAUGAGAGAGAUGCAGCGUGGCAGACAAAACGGGACGAAGAAGACAAGAUUGAACAGAAGUUGGUGGAACAGGAACGCAAAUUGAUGGAGGAGAAAGCUCGCAAGGAGAAAGAAGAGUUUGAUCAGUGGAAGGACAUGUUCACGGUUGAAGAACAAGGCACGAACGUCGUGACAGACGACGAGGAAUGUCAAGCGUUGUUGCAGCAGUUUGUGGAUUACGUCAAGUUGCACAAGGUAGUGCUACUAGAAGACCUUGGGUCUAAGUUCAAUCUAGCCACAGAGGAUGCAAUGGACCGCGUUGAGGCGUUGCAGGCGUCGAAUCGACUUUCGGGUAUUGUUGACGACCGUGGGAAGUUCAUCUACAUUACGGACGAAGAGAUGGAGAAGGUGGCCAAGUUUGUUCAGCGACGGGGGCGACUAGGUUUUGCGGAGCUGUCAAAAGAGUGCAACAGGCUCAUCCGAUUAGACGGAGAAGUCGACAAGGACGCCACGACACGCUCGUUGGACUGGCUUGACAGUGGAGAGUUGUGUGGAGGACCCGUCGCUGAUUUGUCAUCCUGA